CAAAACUAACCAGUUUUAUUUGGAGCUAACUGUCAAGGCUUCUGCUCGUCGCCAUGGAGAAGCCAUCAGAGGAGUUCGACCCAUCAGAAGAGUUCGACCCAUCAGAGGAGGUGGUCGACCCACUCGUGGACUCGGAACCUUCUCUGACGGAUGAACAAGACUCCUCAGAUGAUUCGGAUGAUUCGGGAAUCUCCCAGCCAGACAACUUAGAAAAGGACAUGAGAAAGCUGACCAUCGACCCCAGUGCCAAGAAGCCUCCUGCUGCCCUGGCAGGACUUAAACUUCAGCGCAGCCGCAGCAGCCGCAACCGCAUCCUCCACCGAGCAAUUAAGAUGAGACAUGUCGAGACCAAAAGUGAGAAGAUCUUGAGGGAGGUCCAAAGUGCCUUUCCCAAGAGAAGAGUCCGCACACUGCUGUCUGUGCAAAACAAUCCUGUCGCGAAGAUGAAGCGAUUUAUGCGGAUUGAAAAGAAACUAAACAGCAGCAAUGAUGGAAAUUUUAACAAAGCGCAACCAUUCAAAUGCAUCUGCACUUUCUGCCUGUACAAUGGCUGGGACCCUUCUGAGAAUGCCAAAAUUGGAAAAAAGGGACCAUCAACUCAGGGCUAA